CUGUCAAGCUGCCUCCUCCUCGGUCAUCUGGCUUGGUCAGCGGCGCUCGGUCCUUCCCCAUGCUGGCACCCCGGACCACGGAGAACGCGGUCCCCAUGUCCCAGACCGAGGCUGACCUAGCUCUGCUGCCCCCGCCGUCUCUCUCCACUACGGGGCCACCCCGCAUCGGGCCCCCUCCUCGCAGAGCACGCCGCUUCUCCGGGAAGGCUGAGCCCCGGCCUCGCUCUUCCCGUGUCACCCGCCGCAGCUCAGUCGACUUGGGUCUGCUGAACUCUUGGUGCCAGCCAGCGACACCCGUUCCGGAACCUCCUGAUCCUCCUGACUUUGCUCCUCCAGGCCCCUCGAGUAGCCCACCACCUUGCUUCAAAGAGUUCCCCGAGGGCACGCGGACCGGGGCAGCCCCUGUGAAGACUGUGGAUUCAGUGCAUCCCGGAUCUGCAGGAGGCUCACGGUCUGGGGAGCCGCCGAGAGUCUCAGAUGCCGCAGCCCGGGAGCGACAGCGGGAGCAAGAAGAAAAGGAGGACACAGAGACCCAGGCUGUGGCAACAUCCCCAGACGGCCGAUACCUCAAGUUUGACAUUGAGAUUGGACGUGGCUCCUUCAAGACAGUGUAUCGAGGGCUAGACACUGACACCACGGUGGAGGUGGCCUGGUGUGAGCUGCAGACUCGGAAACUGUCUCGGGCUGAGCGGCAGCGCUUCUCCGAAGAGGUGGAGAUGCUCAAGGGGCUGCAGCACCCCAACAUCGUCCGCUUUUAUGACUCCUGGAAGUCGGUGCUGAGGGGCCAGGUUUGCAUCGUGCUGGUCACAGAACUCAUGACCUCGGGCACACUCAAGACGUACCUGAGAAGGUUCCGCGAAAUGAAACCAAGAGUCCUUCAGCGCUGGAGCCGCCAAAUUCUCCGGGGACUUCAUUUUCUACACUCCCGGGUCCCCCCUAUACUGCACCGGGAUCUCAAGUGUGACAACGUCUUCAUCACAGGCCCUACAGGCUCUGUCAAAAUCGGGGACCUGGGCCUGGCCACACUCAAGCGUGCCUCCUUCGCCAAAAGCGUCAUUGGGACCCCGGAAUUCAUGGCCCCCGAGAUGUACGAGGAAAAGUACGAUGAGGCAGUGGAUGUGUACGCGUUUGGCAUGUGCAUGCUGGAGAUGGCUACCUCAGAGUAUCCCUAUUCAGAGUGCCAAAAUGCUGCGCAAAUCUACCGCAAGGUCACUUCGGGUACAAAACCGAACAGCUUCUACAAAGUGAAGAUGCCCGAGGUGAAGGAGAUCAUUGAAGGCUGCAUUCGUACCGAUAAGAAUGAGAGGUUCACCAUCCAGGAUCUCCUGGCCCACGCCUUCUUCCGUGAGGAGCGCGGUGUGCACGUGGAGCUGGCGGAGGAGGACGACGGCGAGAAACCCGGGCUCAAGCUCUGGUUGCGUAUGGAGGGCGCGCGACGCGGGGGGCGCCCGCGGGACAACCAGGCCAUUGAGUUCCUUUUCCAGUUGGGCCGGGACGCGGCAGAGGAGGUGGCACAGGAGAUGGUAGCCCUGGGGUUGGUUUGUGAAGCUGAUUACCAGCCAGUGGCCCGUGCGGUACGUGAACGGGUUGCUGCCAUCCAGCGAAAGCGUGAGAAGCUUCGAAAAGCUAGGGAGUUGGAAGCUCUCCCACCUGAGCCAGGACCUCUGCCAGCAACUGUUCCCAUGGCUCCUGGUCCCUCAGUUGCCUUCCCCCUAGAACCUGAGGAGCCAGAGGCAGACCAGCACCAGUCUUUCCUCUUCCGCCAUGCCAGCUACUCAUCUACCACUUCGGAUUGUGAGACUGAUGGCUACCUCAGCUCCUCUGGCUUCCUGGAUGCCUCAGACCCUGCCCUUCAGCCCCCUGGGGGGGUGCCAUCCAGCCCCGAUGAGUCCCAUCUCUGCCUACCCUCGGCUUUUGCCUUGUCCAUUCCAUGUUCUGGUCCUGGCAGUGAGUUUUCUCCUGGGGACAGCUAUGCCUCAGAUGCAGCAUCAGGCCUCAGCGACAUAGGAGAAGGGAUGGGACAGAUGAGGAGACCUCCAGGGAAGAAUCUCCGGCGUAGACCCCGAUCCCGGCUAAGGGUCACUAGUGUCUCAGACCAGAAUGACAGAGUGGUCGAGUGCCAGCUACAGACUCACAACAGCAAGAUGGUGACUUUCCGAUUUGAUCUGGAUGGGGACAGCCCAGAAGAAAUUGCAGCUGCCAUGGUGUAUAAUGAGUUCAUUUUGCCUUCGGAGAGAGAUGGAUUCCUGAGUCGGAUUCGGGAGAUUAUCCAGCGAGUAGAGACCCUGUUGAAGAGAGAUAAUGGCCCCUCCGAGUCUGCUGAAGAUGCACUAAGCCCCCAGGAGGAGCCACCACCACUGCCUGCCCUCUCAGGCCCCUUCCCAGACCCAUCCACUGCAGAGCCCCAGUACAGCACCUUCCCAGAACAGAGAAGCUGGGCAACCUUCUCCACUUCUCCUGGAACACCCUUGUCUCCUGGAAACCCAUUUUCCCCUGGAACCCCCAUCCUUCCAAGUCCCAUUUUCCCCAUCAUUUCUCCUCCGUGUCAUCCUAGCCCUUUCCCACUCUCCCAGGUCUCCUCAAAUCCCGCUCUACACUCCCCCAGCUCUCCACUUCCAUUCUCCUCCAGUGCAUCCCAGUUUCCAAUUCCAUCCUCUCCAUUUCCUCUGAGUUCUCUCUCCACCAGUUCUCCACCCCCAUUCUCUCCUAGUUGUUCCCAGCUCACUCUUAAUCCUCCUUCUUUUCCUCUCUGCCCCUCCCCUUCUCCCCUCCCCUCCACUACAGCAGCCCCUCUCCUCUCUUUGGCUAGUGCCUUCUCUCUGGCUGUGAUGACUGUGGCCCAGUCCCUGCUGUCCCCCUCCCCGGGGCUCCUUUCCCAGUCUCCUCCAGCCUCUCCUGAUCCACUACCUAGCCUGUCCACUGCCCUUGUUCCUUGUGACCAGGAGAGCCUUUCACCUCAAGCAGCUGAGAUGGAGAGUGAGGCCUCCCCAAAUCCUGCUUGGCCACUCCUGGGUGAAGCCAGACUGGCACCCAUCUCUGAAGAGGGAAAACCACAGCUUGUUGGGCGUUUCCAUGUGACUUCAUCUAAGGAACCAACGGAAUCUCUUUCCAUGCAACCAACAUCCCCAACUCUCUCCAAUUCUGUAAAGCUUCCAUCUCCUCAGCUGACCUCAGAGAGUUCAGACACAGAGGAUGGUGCUGGAAGUGGGCCUGAGACCAGGGAGGCUCUGGCGGAGAGUGACAGGGCAACUGAGGGUCUGGGGGAUGGAGUUGAGGAGGAAGGGGAUGAUGGGAAGGAACCUCGAGUUGGGGGCAGUCCCCCACCCCUGAUCCAUCCCAGCCCAGUGUGGAUGAACUACUCCUACAGCAGCCUGUGUCUAAGCAGUGAGGAGUCAGAAAGCAGUGGGGAAGAUGAGGAAUUCUGGGCUGAGCUGCAGAAUCUUCGGCAGAAGCACUUGUCAGAGGUGGAAACAUUACAGACACUACAGAAAAAGGAAAUUGAGGACUUGUACAGCCGACUUGGGAAGCAGCCCCCACCUGGUAUUGUGGCCCCGGCAGCUAUGCUGUCCAGUCGCCAGCGUCGCCUCUCCAAGGGCAGUUUCCCUACCUCGCGCCGCAACAGUCUGCAGCGCUCAGAGCCCCCAGGCCCUGGCAUCAUGCGAAGGAACUCCCUGAGUGGCAGCAGCACCGGCUCCCAGGAGCAGCGGGCAAGCAAAGGGGUGACAUUCGCCGGGGAUGUUAGCAGGAUGUGAAUUCAGAACAGAAGCCAUUUGUCUCCCCCAACACCAUGGCUCAACAUGGUGCUUGUGCUCUCUGAACCUGAUGCUUUUCUGACCAACUCAACUCGGCAAGAAAGACUCCAGUACUGAGGGGCAAACAGCCAGGGUGGCAUGGAGAAUGCAGUUGUUUUUUAUGAGUCAAACAUGGCAACUGUUUGCUUUGUGGAGGUGUCAGUUCUACAGCUACCAUCUUCAUUUCCAACCCCUCCCCAGCCAAAGGCCAACCACUAAGCAAUCCCACACAAGCUCGGAUGCUUCUAGAGGGCUCACUCCCAGAUGGAAGAGUGUAGAUGGUGUGCUCACAUCAGAAUUAGUGGCAGGCAAUAAAAAAUGCUGGAAAUAAG